CACAUAUAACAUUUUAUUAUUUUCUAUUUUGUUACAUUUAUUCAUCAAAGCUUUGUCCGAGUGAAUUGAAGUGUUGAAAGUUCCAGAGAAGGAAAUACAGAGAAAAAUGGCCUCCACUGCAUGCUUCUUGCACCACCACGCACUCUCUAGUCCCACAAGAUUAUCAUCAUCUCAGCGCCACGUCUCGAACAUCAAGCCUACCCAGCUGGUUUGCCGUGCACAGAAGCAGGGUGCUCAAGAAGACGACGGCAGUGUAGUGUCUCGGCGGUUGGCUCUCACUCUGCUCAUCGGAACUGCAGCUGUUGGCUCCAAAGUCUCACCUGCUGACGCUGCCUAUGGAGAAGCUGCCAAUGUGUUUGGUAAGCCAAAGACCAACACAGACUUCUUGCCGUACAAUGGAAACGGAUUCAAGCUAUCAAUCCCCUCAAAAUGGAAUCCAAGCAAAGAAGUAGAAUUCCCUGGACAAGUUCUAAGAUAUGAAGACAACUUUGAUUCCAACACUUAUGUUUCUGUCAUGGUCACCCCAACUGACAAGAAAUCCAUCACCGAUUACGGUUCCCCUGAGGAAUUCCUCUCAAAGGUGGACUAUUUGCUAGGAAAACAAGCCUUCUUUGGCAAAAGUAACGAGGGUGGUUUCGAAAAUGAUACGGUGGCCACAGCAAACAUACUGGAGAGCGCAACCCCGGUGAUCGGUGGGAAACAGUAUUACACAUUGUCAGUAUUGACAAGAACUGCCGAUGGAGAUGAAGGGGGGAAACAUCAGUUGAUUACGGCCACUGUUAAAGAUGGUAAGCUUUAUAUUUGCAAGACACAAGCUGGAGACAAGAGGUGGUUUAAGGGUGCAAAAAGAUUCGUGGAGAGCACUGCGAAUUCUUUCAGUGUUGCUUAAGAUGUUAAUGAGAAAUUUUUAUUUUAAUGUAAAUCAACUUAAUAUAUUAUGUCAUGGGGUUUUGAGUUUUUAAUCGA